AUGAGUGAAAUGCACAUAGUGGCUAUAUUGAUAUUGAUUUUCAAUCUUGGGUUCUAUAUUGCAACUAAACAGGUUGAAACCCAUUUAAUAUCAAUAAAAAGGAAUGGUUUAUUACAUGUACUCACGAGAAUGUUAAUGCUCGAGAUUAUCAAUUGUUUAUCCUCAAUUGUGCUUCAAAGCUGCUGGAGAUGGGAGGAAAGUUAUAAAGCUGCAGCCGAUGUUACAACUCAGAAAAUUGCAGGUAUUGUGAAUGUUCAGAAUUGGGAAAUGUAUUUUGGGCCAUUCGUUGGUCGAGCUUUAUAUUGUCAGGAUAAUCCGCCAGAUAUUAACAGGUCGAGGGAAUAG